AUGUUCCUAGGUGUUUUGCUCAAGUGUUUCUCCGUAACAUACCAAUCGAUUGCCCUUUUCAUCGCCUUAGCUGCAUGCAUCGUGUACACAGUUUCAGCGCAGGACGACAAGAGAAGCGCCUUAUUGCAAAGACGAAACAUUGGCGGAAGACCCGGUGCCAAGGGCACAUCGACAACAGCUGCACCUGCAGAACCCGAUUACGAAGAUGAAGACUACAACGAACAGGAAAAUCAAGCUGCCGAAAAGCAGGAACAGCAGCAACAACAAAACCAGGAACAGGAAACAACUACAACGGAGGCACCCAAACGCAUAAUGCCCUCAGUUCGGCCUUUCAGAAGCAACGAUGACUUGCUGGCUGCUCUCAAGAAACGUCGGCAACAAGUAAAAUCGCAACCGCAACAACAACCAAAAACCGGUAAGUAG